AUGUACGCCCAGCCGAAGCUCCGUAUCCUUUGCCUCCACGGUUACCGUCAAUGCGAUCAAUCCUUCCGUCAGAAGACCGGAUCCACCCGGAAACUUGUCAAAUCGCUAGCUGAUUUCGAGUUUGUCAACGGAAUCCAUUCGGUGGCUGUCGAUGAGCGUACGAGUUAUUCUUGCCAUUUUCGACCUGAUCAAUCGGUUUCAGACGCGGAAACGAGUCGUGCUUGGUGGUUUUCGAACGAAGAAGCAAUGAGUUUCUCGUCGAGAGAGACCAGCGAAGUGGCCGUCGGAUUCGAAGAGUCCGUCGCCGCCGUCGUCAAAUUCAUCGAGGAGAACGGGCCGUUCGAUGGGCUGCUGGGAUUCAGUCAGGGCGCUUCAAUGGUCCAUUUGCUCAUUGCGAAGGCGCAAGCUGGAGAAAUCAACCUGCCGGGCAUCCGAUUCGCCGUUUUCUUUUCCGGAUUCCUGAGCCUUUCGAGCAAACACGAACACUUGACAACUCUUCAAAUUAAGGAUAUUCCAUCUCUUCAUGUAUUUGGAGACGCCGAUGAGAUCGUGGCGAGACCUAAAAGCGAGAAAUUGGCGGAUCGAUUCGACGUUCCGGCGCUUCGGAUUGUGCACGAAGGAGGUCAUCUCGUGCCGUCCAUGUCGAAACACAAGGAAACUAUCGGUGCAUUCAUGAGGGAGCAACUUGAGAGAAAGCCCUCUAAUGUCUAG